UAAGUUUGUGUUGGAUAAUGGAUAGUCUUUGGUUAAACUCUUAAACCAUAGAUAAAAUAAUAGUCUAUGAAUGAAUGGUUAAACGUUGCCUAAACAGUAGUAACUUGAGGUUAAUUUGUUUUUUUUGUUUGAUGUUUGAUGUCUUAACAUAAGAAGACAACAUGUUGCCCCAUAGGCUACAAUAUAAAAGGUUUUAUAGGCCUAUGCAUGGAAAUGGGGACUGAAGAAAACAAAUAAAUGUGAUUUGUGUGUAUUUUCAGAAACCCCUUAGAAGAAUGGAAGGUGAAGGACCUAGCGGCAGUAAAACUGCUCAACCAGCUGACUUGUAUAGCGAUUUUCGCAAAUUUAUCGCUGGAACCUCAGGUCAUUCGGAGAUGGAUCCUUCAAACCUUGCCCAUUUGGCACUAUCUCUUCUAAAAAACUUGUUUGCUGCUCGUGAUGCUGUUUUGGAAUACUUUUGUUCACUCUUUGAUGCUGCAGUAUCACACUACGUAAAACAAAUCCAGAAGGAAGCCAGCACCAAGAGUAUGACUCCAGAGGAGGCCACAAUUGCAGAGAUUCACACUAUUCUAUGUAGCUACGUCAGCUGUAACACUGAGUCUUGGGCUCCUAUCAUCUCCACCUGGUCUUUGGAACUGUUAGGUGUGUUGUCCAGCAAGUACGCCAGUUACGCCAGUGUGUCGUCUGGCAACACACUCAAUGAGACGCUCCAUCUGUGGAUGUCCUGCCACGCCACUCGGACACUCAUCGAUCUCAAUACUCAAUGUCUCACUUGUCUCAUGCAUUCAAACACUGAUGCUUGCAUCAACGCGCUGCUCGACACUAGUGUACUCCACAGUCCACAUUUUGACUGGGUUGUUGCUCAUGUUGGAAGUGCAUUCCCUCACACAGUCAUCAAAAAGGUCCUCUCUUGUGGUCUCAAAGACUUCUGUGAAAACCAACAAGGAACUAAGGCACCAAAAAUUAAUUCCGUGGUUGGAAUUCUUGGUCAUCUCGCAGGGAGCCAUUUAGCUGAUAUUCGAGGUGCUCUGUUAGAACUUUUUCAGUGGAGUUUAGAAGAUAGUCCUACAAAUGAUAAAGCUGUGGUUUUGCAAAGAGUUGCAACAGUUCCUUAUCUGCUACAGCUUGCUCAUCUUUCACCUAUACUGCUGGAAGCGCUGUCUACCGACGUGGUACAUUCAUUGGACUGCGGCACACUGCGGAGUGUGUGUCAGUAUGCCACAGACUGGUGCUGCUAUCUAGGUGGCAGACACAAACUACAGGAGCUGGUGGUGCAUCUGGUUCUCAACUGUAGCUCUGGAGGAGAACACAUUUUCAAACUUUUCCUGGACGCUUCUCAAGACCCGUACAAACCUCUCAGCAACAACGCCUGGGAGAUACUUGAGUUGGUGUUGGUUGAGAUGAGUCAGCAGCUAAGGAUGAGGGAUGUGUCACUGCCUCUGCUCAACUGUGUACACCAGAACAUCACCAGCCUGCAGCCAUUACUGCUGAGCAACCAGCCACUCAGAACACACACCAUCGUAUCCCUGCUGACACAGCUUGGUUGGCAAGACUGGAACUUUGUGGCCAGCAGUUUGUCGUAUUUACUUCUGAAUGCAACCAGCGACUGGCAGUUGGCAGCGCUGAUGCGACUCAUUGAAUCUCACAAUGGAAACAAAAGUCUGAACAAAGCAGUGACAUUGUCUCUCACUUCUACGUAUCCUCCAUUCAGCUCAGCACAGCACAAUCUCUGGUUCAACGUGGAGAAACUACUCAAAUGGGAGAUGAAGAGCAAACAGCUGUUCAAUGUGACAGUAGCAGCAGUCAGAGACAAUAUGAGCAGUGUUGCCAAAGCGCUGACCUACAGUGACUCGAUGGCUGUCAGUCAUGCCAUCAUGAAUGUGAUAGAACGCUCUCUCACAUCUCAGCCAAAGCUGCUACAGAUGCAGACAAGCCUAUGGUGUACUCACGCUGUUGUACAUUACUUUUUAAACACACUUCAGCACGAUGAGGGUGUUAGUCGCAUGCGAGGGUGCCGCACCGCCUGCAAGAUGCUAACAUGGCUGUGUCAGACGCAACCAGGGGCGAGACCCACUGCACUGAGAGCAAUAGUGGAGGCCGUCCUGGACUCACCAGCCAGCACACUGUUUGGCAGACAAGCACCUAAGAAUGUCAGUGGCAAUCCUCCCCCCGUGUCACUACUGCAGGAGAACCUCAAACAGACACCAGGAACUAUGAUGGCCCAGAAACACUUGUCUGUGUUCCAUGCUGGAGUGAUUGGUUAUGGAUUGCGAUUGCCUCCAGAUCAGCAGAGUCUACCUGAGGCUCAGGUCUGCAGCAACACUAGACUGCUGAUGUCUGUGGUGGUGGCUUGUUGUCAAGACACUACACAGGUCACUCUGGACUCUGUCACUAGGCUGGCACUGCUGUUGGUAGAGAUGAUCUCUCCUGAUGUCAUGUAUAAUGGACUGCCAUGGCCCGAGGAAGACUUCUGUAAGGUAACAGUAGAAAGAGAUCUACACAUUGCCAACUGCCUCAAGUCUCUGCCUGUGGUGUGGACACUUUUAAGACUGAUAGCAUCCUUUAGGCCUGCGCUGUGCACAUGCUCUGUACUGCUACGUGCAUUGGCAGCCGUCCUGGUAGGAGAGUGGCAGUCAGCUGCCCAGCAAGGCAAGGGUCCGGGCCAGGACUCAGGUCUAGUACAACGUACAGUCUCACUGCUACAGGUCAUGGCUCUUGGACAGCUGCUUCCUCCUCCACUCUCCAGCAUAUCACUGGCCAUUCCACACCUGCCUCCACAACAGGUGGUGUUGCUGUUACGAGAGUGUGUGUGGAACUAUAUGCGGGACCAUGUACCUGCGCCUGCGUUGUUCACUCAAGACGCCAGCGGCACCAUGUGGCGAGACCCAGCACUGUCCAGACCUCCGAAGCAGUACACAGAGACUUUCCGGCUGAUAUUGCAACGGAACAUCGGCAAAAUGGGUCAACUUUAUGCUCAACUGUUCAUCAUGUCACCAACGGAACCAUAGAUUUUUUUAAAUUGUGUUGUAAAUAUGUAAUAACUGUUUUUUAAUAUAUUGCUUUUUAAUUUAG